CGCACCCCUGUGCGUAGAAAAGCAAGGGUCCACCGAGGGAUUGUUUUCCAAGCCCUAUUGAAGGCAUCCCGCAUUCAGCCAUGAGCAAUGCUGUCAUGCCCGUCCCGAGCCCCACCCUGCUGCCGGGUGCCAACAGCGGAUUGAUCGCCGUUACACCGCCAGCGGCGCUGCAUUCCAUCCAAGAAAAACAAGCGAAGAUGGUCGAGCAAGCAUACUACGAUGACAAUCCCUUUCUGCUCACCGAGGAGGACUUUCUUACCGACAAAGAGGAAUUUUUCGAGGGAUUUUACGGCGAGAAUAACAAUGAUGAUUUUUACAGCAAUAAAAUCGGGGACGACUUCUAUGGGAGCUUCUUGGACAAGAACGAUGACGUCAACAAUGGCAAAACUGACGACGGAAUCGUUCAGACCGACGAUUUUUCGGAAAUCGUUCUGACCGACGAUUUUUCGGAAAUCGUUCAGACCGACGACUUUUCGAAAAUCGUUCAGACCGACGACUUUUCGGAAAUCAUCCAGACCGACGAUUUCUCGGAAAUCGUGCUGGGUCCUGUGGACUGCGUUCCCAUUCGUGAGUAUCACACCGGGUCAUUUAUUUAUCUCAGCAGAUACGCAACGCAAUCACUCGGCAGUGCCUUCUUGAUAUCGCUGUCGUUAUUGUUAUUGCUAUUUCGCUUCUUUGCUUGCUUGCCUGUUUGAUUCGCUCAUACAUUCAUUGGCCCGAUCUGCUACCAUCACUUACGGAUCGCUUCUGGAAUCUAUGGCAUUCUCGAUCUUACUAUAUCCAUUUCAAUUAUUUCGUUCUGUUCUUUCAUGGCGUGAAUUGCCACCGAAACAUACGCAACAACGAAAUGAUAUAUCCUCGAAUACCUGACAAACAUCCCGCACUCGACAACUAACACCGAAACAGACGAACAGCUCCGGUUGAACGGUUCCACUGCCUUUUCCAACAAGCUCCUGCAGCUUGGAUUCGAUUUCAUGUAUGGGCAGUACACAAUCUUUGCCCCGAGCGACAAGCUCCUGAACGACGAGGGGCUCAGGCUGCUAUCGAUGGGGCACUCGAGGGUUACCAUAGACGAAAGCGUUCUUCUCUUUCACGUUUCGGAGUUUGGGAUCUACGAAACCCUGCUCCAGCCCUCCGGCAGCCACAGCCGAUGCAACAAGGCCAUGCCCAUGAUCGACCAGGAGGGAGACCCGGAGAAAACCGUGACGCUGUGCCGGGGGGAUGACAUCAUCUACCAGCUGGGACCCGGGAACCACUUGUACGACUCCAAAGCGGGCAGCUUGGUUUCCAUGUCGUCCGGCAGAAGCGAUUCCGAGAUCGUCCUGGGGGUCGCCUCCACGGGCACGGCUGCCUUGUUGAAGCACCAGAGCGCGGACAAUAGCAACGGGAACACCAGCGGCAACACCAACGGCAGCAAGGGUGCGGACGAGGCGAUCCCCAGGCUCUCCGGGGAAAAGAUCCGCGCCUGCAGCGGCGUCAUCUACCCCAUCGAGGACGCCCUCCUGCUGCCGACGCUCCCGGCCGUGGUGGUGGCCCCGUCCCCCGCCCCCGGCGACCAGAGCGCCGGCAAGGGGCCCACCCUCGUUCCGAUCUGGUCCCCGGAGUCCGCGGGCCCGGGCGACCCCAACAAGGCGCCCACCCUCUUUCCGGAGCCCGACUGGGUGGACAUCGUGAACAAGAUCAGCGGAAUCGAGCCGGAUGGCAACGCUACCGCCGACCAGGAAGGACUGGGCAUGGAGGGCAACGCUACCUCCGACCAGGAAGGAUUGGGCACAGAUGGCAACGCUACCGCCGACGAGGCAGGAUUUUUCAUGGAUGGCAACGCUACCGCGGACCCGGCAAGACCGGAGUUGCUUCCGGGAAUGGUUCCCACCACGGAUCCAACCAUGCUUCUGCCCGGAGCCCCUUCGCAAAGCGGACCUUCCUCUACGAGCAGCACGAGGAGCUGCCACCCACUGAAAUCCACCGUUUUGGUGUUGUGGGUGUCCCUUUCCGUCUGGAAUGGGAUUUGCUGGUAACAGCCGGACGCUCCCUCGAACCUCUCGAUAGAGCCUUUGGC